AUGUUAGACGGGUAUGAUGUCGGGAAGACACAAUAUCUUGUUAAUGGUUUUAAGGAGGGCUUUCGCAUCCACUAUGAAGGAGGGGACUUUCGCCCAACUUGUCAAAAUCUAAAAUCAGCUAAAGACCUCCCCGGUGUAGUAGAAGAAAAACUUAAGAAAGAAUUGCAGGGUGGACGAAUUGCGGGCCCCUUCAUUAAUUCACCCUAUGAACAAUUCCAUGUUAGCCCUAUAGGUGUUGUCCCUAAAAAAGAACCUGGCAAAUUCCGCAUGAUCCAUCACCUUAGUUAUCCAAAAGGCCUGUCUAUCAAUGAUGGAAUCAGUCCUGCGUCUUCUACAGUACAAUAUGCUACAAUUUCGGAUGCUAUUGGCCAUAUUAAACAACAAGGUCAAAAUUCUUUUUUAGCUAAGACAGAUAUAGAAUCUGCAUUUAGGAUUGUUCCCAUUCAUCCAGAUGAUCGUAGAAUGUUAGGGUUAAUAUGGGAUGGAAAUUUCUAUUUUGACAAAUGUUUACCAAUGGGGUUAUCAGAAAGCUGCAAAAUUUUUGAAGAACUCAGUACUGCUUUAGAAUGGGUGGCCUAUUCAAAACUCAAAGCCCCAUCAGUGGUUCAUGUUUUAGAUGAUUUUCUGUUCAUGGCCACCACAAAAUCAGAGUGCAUGGCCAUACUUCAAAACUUUCAGGAUAUGUGUUCUUAUAUUGGUAUCCCAUUAGCCCCAGAUAAGACUUUUGGCCCAGAACAGGUAUUGCCAUUCCUGGGGAUUACCCUAGAUACAACAAAAAUGGAAGCUAGGCUCCCUCAGGAUAAAUUGGACCGUUGCAGAGACUUAAUAACAUCUUUUAAAACCCGUAAAAAGGUCACAUUAAAAAAUCUACAGUCUCUCAUUGGUACGUUACAGUUUGCCACUGCAGUUGUUUUGCCAGGUCGUGCCUUCCUACGUCGUCUCAUUGAUAUAACGAUUGGGAUUCAAAAGUCAUUUCAUCUUGUCCGCCUUCCAAAGUCUGCUAAAGCUGACCUCAUCAUGUGGGAAGAAUUUUUACAAUCAUUCAAUGGUUCUCAAUUUUUCCUAGAUGAUAGGUGGAUGCUAAGUGAUAGUAUCAAUUUUUUCACAGACUCCUCUUAUUUGGGCUUUGGGGGGAUGUUUGGAAACAAUUGGUUUUACGGUACCUGGGUCAUCAAAGUUCAAGAACAAAAAGUAAAUAUAGCCAUUCUAGAGCUUUAUCCCAUUGUGUUGGCAAUCCUAGCUUGGGGGGACCAGUUAAAACAUAAGUGUAUUCGAUUUUUCACGGACAACCAGGCUUUAGUUCCAGUGAUCAAUAAACAAUCAUCACGAGACCCAAUUCUCAUGAGGCUUGUACGCAAACUAGUACUGUCAUGCCUCAAUUAUAACAUUCUCUUUAAAUGUGUUCAUAUAAGAGGUCACGACAAUUCGCUAGCUGAUGCCUUGUCUCGUUUGCAGGUCGAGAAGUUCAAAAAAUUAUGUCCCUCAGCCUCCCCAGAGCCAACGCAAGUACAGUCUCUAUUGGACCAGGAACUUUACCUACUACCUUGA